UGCUUCCACCAGAUUAAGUGUGCUACGAGAGGACCAGCUGCCCUCUGGGUUCCCCACCAUAGAUAUGGGUCCCCAGCUGAAAGUGGUGGAGCGUUCUCGGACUGCCACCAUGCUUUGUGCUGCUAGCGGCAACCCUGACCCGGAAAUUACCUGGUUCAAGGAUUUCCUGCCAGUCAACACAUCCAAUAACAAUGGACGAAUCAAGCAGCUCCGCUCAGAGUCCUUUGGUGGCACGCCCAUACGAGGUGCACUCCAGAUAGAGAUGAGUGAAGAGUCAGACCAGGGGAAGUAUGAGUGUGUUGCCACCAACAGUGAUGGGACACGCUACUCCACCCCAGCUAACCUGUAUGUCAGAGAGCUGCGAGAAGUACGUCGUGUCCCCCCUCGCUUCUCCAUACCCCCAGCAGACAGCGAGAUCAUGCCAGGGGGGAACGUCAACAUCACCUGUGUGGCUGUGGGCUCCCCCAUGCCGUAUGUGAAGUGGAUGCUGGGAGCUGAAGACCUGACCCCCGAGGAUGACAUGCCCAUUGGCCGUAAUGUCCUCGAACUGACUGAUGUGCGCCAGUCCAACAAUUACACUUGCGUUGCCAUGUCAACGCUUGGCGUGAUUGAGGCAGUGGCACAGAUCAUUGUGAAAGCUCUUCCAAAGGCUCCUGGCACCCCUGUGGUGACGGAGAGAACUGCAACAAGCAUUACUCUCACCUGGGAUUCUGGCAACCCUGAACCUGUCUCCUACUAUAUCAUACAGCACCGUGCCAAGGGCUCCGAAGACCCAUAUAAAGAGAUUGAUGGCAUUGCCACGACGCGCUACAGUGUGGGCGGCCUCAGCCCUUACUCCCACUAUGACUUCCGUGUGGCAGCCAUUAACACCAUUGGACAGGGCCCCUCCAGCGAGGUGGUUGAGGCUCGGACAGCUGAGCAGGCCCCCUCCUCCCCUCCACGACAGGUCAGAGGUCGUAUGCUGAGCACCACAACAGCAAUCAUCCACUGGGAUGAACCAGAGGAACCUAACGGACAAGUUGUUGGUUACAGAGUCUACUACACCUCAGAUAACACACUGCCAGUCAACCAGUGGGAGAAGCAGAUGGUGCGCAGCGCCAACUUUAUCACUAUCCAGGGUUUGACACCAAAUAAGACUUAUUAUAUCAGGGUGCUAGCCUUCACCUCUGUAGGGGACGGACCUCUGUCCCAGGACCUGCAGAUCAUAGCCAAGACUGGAGUUCCAUCUCAACCUUCAGAAUUUAAGGGGGAGGCAAAGUCUGAGACCAGUAUCCUGUUGUCCUGGGUGGCUCCACCCCAGGGCGGCCCUGACAACCAGAUCACAGGAUAUGAGCUGGUUUACCGACGAGCUGAUGACACAGAGGAGAAGAAAGUGAGCUUUGAGCCAACCACUUCGUACAUGUUGAAGAACCUGAAGCCUUUCUCCACGUACACCUUCCAGCUUGCUGCCAGAAGCAAACAUGGAAUUGGUGCAUAUACCAACGAAGUGUCCAUCGACACGCCACAGACGCUUUUUGCCACCAACUUCAGAGUAAAGGCUGCCAUGAAGAACUCUGUCCUGCUGUCCUGGGAGAUCCGAGACAAAAACCCUGCCCAGCCUUUCACUAUCCUUUAUGGAAAGGGCCUGUCUGUGGAAGUGGAUGGGAAGCAGACACAGAAGCUGAUCACUGGCUUGGAGCCUGACACCCAGUACUCCUUUCUGCUCACCAACCGGGCCAACAGCGCUGGGGGCCUGCAGCACCGUGUCACCGCCACCACUGCUCCAGAUAUCCUGAAAACUAAGCCCACUGUGGUGGGAAAGACCAAUGCUGAUGGCAUGGUGACUGUGCAGCUACCGACUGUGCAGACCACAGCUAAAGUCAGGGGUUACUAUGUGGUGGUUGUGCCACUGAAGAAGCAGCGAGGAGGAAAGUUCUUGAAUCCCUGGGAGGAGCCUGACCAAAUGAACAUGGAUGAGCUCCUGAAAGAGAUCAACAGGACCAGUGUCAGUCGUGCCCUCCGCGUCCGCAGACAAACUGGCCAAUCUGAUCCCAAAGCUUAUGUCACUGCUCACUUUAAAUUCCUCCCCUUGGAGUUCACCCUCGGUGACGGGCGAAACUACGGAGACUUCCGCAAUCGUCCACUGCAGAACGGACAAGAAUAUGUUUUCUUUGUGCUUGCACUGCUAGACCUCUCUGAGAAUACCAUGUUCGCCACCAGCCCUUAUUCUGAUCCCGUAACCUCAUCGGAUGUGGAUCCUCAGCCAAUCAUUGACGAGGAGGAGGGGCUGCUGUGGGUGGUGGGUCCUGUGCUGGCUGUCAUCUUCAUCGUCUGCAUUGUGAUCGCCAUUCUCCUCUUUAAGAGGAAAAGGGCUGAGGCAGAGGGCAGGAAGGGCAGUUUUCCCUGCAGCAAAGCCAUGUCGUCACACCAUCCCACCGAUCCCGUGGAGCUACGCAGAAUCAACUUCCAGACUCCAGGCAUGGCAAGUCACCCACCCGUCCCCAUCUCUGAGCUGGCAGAUCACAUCGAGCGCCUCAAGGCAAACGACAAUCUCAAGUUCUCUCAAGAGUACGAGUCUGUCGACCCCGGUCAGCAGUUCACGUGGGAGAACUCCAACUUGGAGGUCAACAAACCAAAGAACCGCUAUGCUAACGUCAUUGCCUAUGAUCACUCCAGGGUUAUACUCUCCAGUAUUGAGGGUGUCCCCGGCAGUGACUACAUCAACUCUAACUAUAUUGAUGGCUACCGCCGUCAGAAUGCCUACAUCGCCACUCAGGGCUCCCUCCCUGAGACCUUUGGGGACUUCUGGAGGAUGGUCUGGGAGCAGCAUACAGCCAACAUUAUUAUGAUGACCAAACUGGAAGAGAAGUCACGGGUGAAGUGUGAUCAGUACUGGCCAACGCGGGGCACAGAGACCUACGGCCUCAUCCAGGUCACGCUGCUUGACACAGUGGAACUGGCUACCUACUCUGUCAGGACCUUCGCUCUUUACAAGAGUGGCUCCAAUGAGAAGCGUGAGGUUCGUCACUUCCAGUUCACAGCCUGGCCAGACCAUGGGGUACCAGAACACCCCACACCCUUCCUGGCCUUCCUACGCAGGGUCAAGGCCUGCAACCCUCCAGACGCAGGACCCAUGGUUGUCCAUUGCAGUGCUGGAGUGGGCCGCACAGGCUGCUUCAUUGUGAUCGACGCCAUGACGGAGCGAAUCAAGCAUGAGAAGACCAUUGACAUCUAUGGCCAUGUCACGCUGAUGCGCUCCCAGAGGAAUUACAUGGUCCAAACGGAGGACCAGUACAUCUUCAUUCACGAUGCGCUGCUGGAAGCCGUGACCUGUGGGACCACAGAGGUCCCCGCUAGGAACCUGUACUCGUACAUCCAGAGGCUGACGCAGAUUGAACCUGGAGAGAAUGUCACCGGCAUGGAGCUGGAGUUCAAGCGUCUCGCCAGUGCCAAGGCCCACACAUCACGGUUUGUGAGUGCCAACCUGCCAUGCAACAAGUUCAAGAAUCGGCUGGUGAACAUCAUGCCCUACGAGACUACUCGUGUCUGUCUGCAGCCGAUCAGAGGAGUGGAGGGAUCCGACUAUAUCAACGCCAGCUUCAUUGAUGGAUACAGGCAGCAGAAGGCCUACAUAGCAACCCAAGGCCCACUGGCUGAGACCACAGAGGACUACUGGAGGAUGUUAUGGGAACACAACUCCACCAUAGUUGUUAUGCUAACCAAACUGAGAGAAAUGGGACGGGAGAAGUGUCACCAAUACUGGCCUGCAGAGCGCUCAGCCAGGUACCAGUACUUUGUGGUGGAUCCCAUGGCCGAGUACAAUAUGCCCCAAUACAUCCUCCGAGAGUUCAAAGUCACUGAUGCCAGAGAUGGCCAAUCACGGACAGUUCGCCAGUUCCAGUUCACUGAUUGGCCAGAGCAAGGAGUGCCAAAGUCAGGGGAAGGAUUCAUUGAUUUCAUUGGUCAAGUGCACAAAACUAAAGAACAGUUUGGCCAGGAUGGGCCAAUUACUGUGCAUUGCAGUGCUGGAGUGGGGAGAACUGGUGUGUUCAUAACCCUGAGCAUCGUGCUGGAGAGGAUGAGGUACGAGGGAGUGGUGGACAUCUUCCAGACUGUGAAGAUGCUGCGCACCCAGAGACCUGCCACCGUUCAAACAGAGGACCAGUACCAGUUCUGCUACCGGGCCAGUCUGGAGUACCUGGGAAGCUUUGAUCACUAUGCAACAUAA